GCGAAAGUAGCAUGUUUCGCUGUUUGGUUACUGUGCAUAGAUGCAUCAAAAACAACGAAAUAUUGAAGUUGUCUUUAAAAUCCUGUGUCUUAUUUGUAAAAGGAACUAAUAACGCCUGCACACAUUCGGCAAGAACGGCAAGUUUUGAUCUUGUUGGACUAAAAGCAUUUACAAAUCAUCAACAUGUUCACGUGGUGUACUUAAGUUACAAGUCUCCAAAUCCAUUUGCACAACCUGAAGGAACUGGGUCUGAUCCAUGUGACAGAGAUUACAAGGAUGGCGUUGACAGGGAAUUCCGCUUGGUUUAUGCUCUGGGCAAUAUUGAUAAGGGAUACAUGUUUAUUGCAGGCAUUGCAUUAGGCUUUCCUCUGCUAUUUCUGUUCAAGAUCAGCUAUUUCUUUUACAAAGAACAUAAGGAAUUAGAGUAUGCAUCCAAUGACCUGUGGGAGAUAUUUAAUAAUUGUGUGGAAAUUUACAACCAUCUUCCUGUAUCAUUUGAGUGGCUAUAUGUGACAUGUCAUAUCACUUUAUUUGGAGGACUCGUAUAUUUUCUUUUUGCAAAGAACACCAUCGGUAGACUGUAUUACAGUGCCAAACAGGAUCGCUAUAUAGCAAUCGUGUAUAAGUAUGGAUUUAAGAGGAAGAUAGAAUUCAGUAGAAAAGACAUUGAAAGAAAACCUGUUUUUUAUGAAAAAUACAUAGAUAAAUUACGAGUAGACAUUGGAAAGAAAAAAAAAUACUAUGUUUAUGAAAAUUGUUUUAGAGACACAAGUGACCGUAACAGGUUUUUCUCUGAUAUAGCUUCUGAUGACUAUAUUGAUGAAUUAAAUAAGUAAACAUGUAUUAGAAUUUUUGAAAAAUGUUGUGAAAA